AUGGUAGAGAGAGAAAAAGAGGUCGAAAUAAUUUAUGUGGGUGUUUCUCCGGCCGCCAUGUGGUUCGCCGGCGUCAGGAGAAUCUCGUUCCUUUUCGUGGUGGGCCUUCUGGUAAUCUCCGUGCUCUUCGUGUGGGUUUGCUCCCACUCGUGUCGGGUUGAGGCCAUUCCAAUAUCUUCGUCUCCGUCUUCUUCUUCCACAGUGCCGACAAAAGAGAAGCUUAGCUAUGGCGUCUUGGAUAACAAGAGCAAGCAGGAUCUGGUUCACAAGUAUUUGAGUGGAAGAAGAGCUUCUGCCCCUCCUGCCAUUAAAACUACUCCAAACGGCUUCGAAGAGAGUAAAAGAAGAAUUCCCAGUUGCCCAGAUCCCCUCCACAAUUAA